AGGGUUUCCAUUAGGUUGCUGUGUUUUGAGCAGGAGCGGAGCGGAAGGCCGGAGCCCCGUCCUCCUCCUCCUCCUCCCCGUAGCCCCAGCAGCCCUGCAGCCGCCCUCCGAGCUCCCCAAUCCCGGCGUCUCUCUCUCUUUUUCUCUCCCCUUUCGCCCUCACCACGGCCGCUCUCGGCGAGGAAACUCUGGCCUCCUCCGCUUCCUCCUCCUCCGACUCGGACACCGGCGGAGCGUCGCCGCCCCCGCGGAAAAAGCACCGAGCUUCGGCGGCGGAGGGAGUAGGAGAGCCCGGGGCUUCUGCGGGCCUUUCCGCGGCGCUGGUUCUGGCCCUUGCUGCUUCUUCCUCGGACACCAGGACAGCGUCCGCCGCUGCCUUCCUCGCGCGAAGCUCCGGUCCCAACCUCGGCUCCAGUAUGCAGUCUAACGGGGCGGGCCAGAACCAGGAACAGGACCAGAGCCAGGAUCCGGCUGCUCUCGCCUGCUUAAGCGCCGCACAGAACGGAGAGUCUUCCUCGGCCACCGGGUCGCACUCCAACGGUCUUGUCUCGGGCGCCAGCAACGGGGCUGCGGCCGGGGCUAGCACAGGGUCCGGGCCCGGAGCGCCGUCCGCGGUCUCUGGCUCGGAGCUCGGCUCGCUGAAGAAGAAGAAGCGGCUCUCGCAAGCGGAGGAAGACGUGAUCCGCCUGAUUGGGCAGCAUUUGCACGGCUUAGGGUUAAAUCAGACGGUGGAUUUGUUGAUGCAGGAAUCUGGCUGUAGACUUGAACAUCCUUCUGCUACAAAGUUUCGGAACCACAUAAUGGAAGGAGAAUGGGACAAGGCUGAAAAUGACCUCAGCGAGCUCAAAGCCCUGAUGCAUUCACCCAAUGCUAUUGUGAGGAUGAAGUUCUUGCUGUUGCAGCAGAAGUAUCUAGAGUAUUUGGAAGACGGAAAAGUUCUGGAAGCAUUACAGGUGUUAAGAGGAGAGCUGACGCCGCUAAAGUACAACACAGACCGCAUCCAUGUUCUCAGCGGGUAUCUCAUGUGUAGCCAUGCAGACGAUCUGAGAGCGAAGGCUGAAUGGGAAGGGAAAGGAAUCAGCUCACGUUCCAGACUACUGGACAAACUACAGACGUACCUUCCUCCCUCGGUAAUGCUACCUCCGCGGAGACUCCACACACUCCUCCGGCAGGCGGUUGAACUGCAGAGGGAUCGCUGCCUUUAUCACAAUACCAAGCUAGACAACAGCCUGGACUCAGUGUCUUUACUGCUGGACCACGUCUGCAGCAGAAAGCAGUUCCCGUGUUAUACCCAGCAGAUCCUGACAGAGCACUGUAAUGAGGUCUGGUUCUGCAAGUUCUCCAACGACGGCACCAGACUGGCCACAGGCUCCAAAGACACCACAGUCAUUGUCUGGCAGGUGGAUCCGGACACACACCAGCUGAAGCUGUGGAGGACAUUAGAGGGACAUGCUUACGGAGUGUCUUACCUGGCCUGGAGUCCGGAUGACACUUACCUUAUCGCCUGUGGACCGGACGAUUGCUCUGAACUCUGGCUCUGGAACGUACAGACAGGAGAACUGCGCACAAAAAUGAGUCAGUCUCAUGAGGACAGUCUGACCAGUGUGGCCUGGAACCCUGAUGGCAAAAGAUUUGUCACGGGUGGACAGCGGGGGCAGUUCUAUCAAUGUGAUCUGGAUGGUAAUCUGCUGGACUCGUGGGAAGGCGUUCGCGUGCAAUGUCUGUGGUGUCUGGGUGAUGGACGGAGUGUUCUAGCAUCCGACACACACCAGCGUAUCCGCGGUUACAACUUCGAGGACCUUACAGACCGAAACAUAGUUCAGGAGGACCACCCUAUCAUGUCUUUCACUGUUUCCAAGAAUGGAAGAUUAGCUUUGUUAAAUGUAGCAACUCAGGGAGUCCAUCUCUGGGAUCUGCAGGACCGUGUGUUGGUCAGGAAGUAUCAGGGAGUGACCCAGGGCUUCUACACCAUACACUCCUGUUUUGGAGGACACAACGAGGAUUUCAUUGCUAGCGGCAGUGAAGAUCACAAAGUGUAUAUCUGGCACAAGCGCAGCGAGUUGCCAAUAGCAGAGUUAACGGGACACACUCGUACAGUGAACUGCGUGAGCUGGAACCCAUGUGUGCCGAGUCUCAUGGCCAGCGCCUCGGACGACGGCACCGUCCGCAUCUGGGGCCCCGCCCCCUUUCUGGACACACAGGAGGUGGACAGCUUCAAUGAAAACUGCAGUAGCAUGGACAGUUGAUGGUGAAGUCUUAUUUUCACAAACAGAAAAAUUCUAAAAGAAAGAAACCAGUUCUUCAUCCUCUUCCACCCACCGCAAGACAAGCAAACAAAUGAACGAAGUGGAAAUUGUAAGGAGCAGAGAAUUGAGUACAAUUUUUUGCGCCAGCUGCAAUGUGUGAGUGUGCGAGUGUAUGAGUGAGUGUGUAAGAGUCUGAAUAGGGUGGAAUUUGGGGGCUGAUAUUUGGAAAAUUGUCAUUGCGGCGACACUCAGCACAGGCCUGGUGCAAAGAUGUCGCCGUGGCGACCCGUGUCCAUCCUGUAUCCAUGGAUCUUGUUCUCCCCUUCACACUGUAGGACUCCUCAUCACAGAGCUCUGUGGAAGAGCAGGAAGCACACGCAAACCUCAGCCAGUGGCCCAGCAAGUGCGUCUGACUCCGGUGUGUGUUUAGAGGGGCAGGUGCAGGGUUGGAGGAGGCGGGGCUUAUGGGGAGGUGAAAAUAAGAAUCUUUUUUCCCCCCACUAUUUUUUUUUCUCUCUUUUGUUCUGAAUCUAUGCUUACUCAUGCCACUCCUCAAACAUAGUUUAAACUAAGUAAAUGACCCACCCCCUUUUCAGACCAUAAACAUUUUUUUUUAUAAUAAUAAUAUAUUAAUGUUCAAUCUCAAAAUUGAGUGGACACCCUUGGCUAAAAUGUUUUUUUAUAUAUAAAUAUUUAAGUAAUGUAGAUAAGUUCAAAUCCUCUACCGAGGCACCCUUCUGCACAUUUUACAACAUAAUUACUGUUUAUUUGUGGAUUUAACAGAUUGGAAUAAAACCAUUAAAUGUGUGUUCAAAAGAAACUAAAGUGAUCUGUAAUUAUUCAGCAUUUUGCAAAACAAGUUAAAUACUUAUUUAAACAAUUAUUUAACGUAAAUAUAAAAAAAGAAAAAUUUAUUUAGUUUCGAUGUGUUAAAUUCAGAAAAAAAAUUGACGUGCAGAACAAUUUUACUUUUAGUUUCUUUUUUUGUUGAGGAUUUGUUUACUUAUUUACACAAGCUGCAUCAUCAAAACAAUAUCUUCCUAAACACCUGAGCCCCCCUCUCUCUUUCACCUCUCACCUUUCCCUCUCUUUGUUUCUCAAUUCUGACCUCAUUAAUGCUACAAUAAUGACAUCAUGGAUGAGGAUGUGGAGGCACCCAUUGUUCUUGGGGAGUAUAGUUUGAGAAAGUCCUGCUCCAUCUGUAGCACACUGCUGCUCAGCCCUCUGUGUGUUUUUUUGUGUUUGUGUGUGUGUGUGUGUGUGUGUGUGUGUGUGUGUGUGUGUGUGUGUUUCACACCAGCGCGAGUGUGGAUGAAUGUGCACUGAGUUUAGUUAAAUUAAUAAUUUUUACUGAGACCGAUAUAAAAGCCCCCCGAGAGACCAUCAUCUGUGGAACGAAAAAAAGAAUACAUUUAAAACCAUUUUGUAAACGACUUGUUUUUAAAAAAAGAAAAACAAACAUGGGGGCUCGUUCUUUUCACUUUUGUUCUUUUCUUACAUUAUCACCGCUUACCUUAGAGGAGUUGUUCAGGUGAACGACUGGAAAACGAAACCUGAAAUAAAAGCAGAAAGCCCUCCAGAGGCUGAAACCAGCCGCCGCAGCAGAAAGAGCUGGAUAAAGAAUGCAUCCACAGCUUUAUUUAAAUAUACUGUGACACUCAACCCGUCAGUCAUGCACCCAGCUGCGCCUUUGGGUGCUGGUGUGGAGAGAGGGCUCCAGAAACAUGCACUUUGAUUGUGCAUUUCCUCCUGAGCAUUGCGCAGAACUUUCUUGGCGACAACAUAAACGUAAACACGACUGCCUGCAUUACUGGAACGCAUCCUCAUUUAUGACCUAUGCAGCAAAGCCCCCGCCCCCAAACAUCCGUUUUCUACCAGUAGUAGUAUUUUCACAAGUAUUUUCUACUUGUGGAAGAAGCUCUGUCCCAAAAUACCUGCCUUUCUUACCUGUAAGUGAGGCCCCGCCCCAAAUACAUGUAGAAGAAGCUCUGCCACAAAUAAAGCUUUUUGUACCUGUAAGAAAAGCUCCUACAUUAAAAUCUAUCUAUAUAUAUAUAUAUAUAUAUAUAUAUAUAUAUAUAUAUAUAUAUAUAUAUAUAUAUAUAUAUAUAUAUAUAUAUAUAUAUUUUUUUUUUUUUUUUUGUUACCUGUGAGAGAAGCCCCACCCAUAACCAGUUGUAAGAAAGACCUGCCCCUUAUAAGCCACGCCCACUCCUAAUUUUUUAGCUACAGAGCAGCACAGUAAACCUUACUCCAUUUGCACUACAUAUCCUAUCGUACUUCUGCCACCUUGAAAGUGUGAUGUGUUUAAAACUGCCAUACAUGGUUUGGUCAGGAGGAUAUUUCGCACAAUCCAGAUUUAUUUUUUUUCUUCGUUCAGCUGGAUAAAUUGAGCCCAAAGUAAGGAUUAUACAACAGAAGCCCCCCUACCCUUUCUCCUUUUGGACCACACUUUCUCUUUGGCUUAUCUGUGAACUCCUGCUUUGGGCGAUGAUGAUAAACCCCUGACGAUUCUUGGAUCCACCAACAUGCCUGAACGUUUUAAUGCCACACGGCUCUUUCUGUUUAUUAGGAAUCCCACAAUGGGGUCACUCUGUUUAACAGUAUAGGUGCAGAAAUACCUGCUUGUAGGCAGGCGAGUUGUCUGUGUUGGCAACUCUGAAAUAUAGAGCUUUCUAUUCCCCUUUUAUGGUGACAAGAUAUUAUUUGCUAUGGACUGAUAUUAAAUGUUUAAAGAGACUGCUUUGCUGUCUGUUUUUAUUGAAAACAAUUUUGUUACUUUUUUUGUUAUUGAUAUCCUUUUGUUUUGUUGUUUUUUUUUUCUUUCUUUUUGGUUGAUCUAUCCCUGUAUUAUCAUAUUAAACUAUAACCAGCCAAAUUGUCUCCUCCUUUUUUUAGUAUUAUGAUUUGAUGUUAGCAUUUAUAUAAUUUUAUUACAUUUUACUCACAUAUGCGUAGAUUUAUAAAUAACUUUUUUUGUUCAAUCAAAUUUGGCGUUCUGAAAGUGCACUAUCAAGUUUAGUGAGACAUUCACCAAAACUUUUCAAGGCAAUACAGUGUUUGCUUUCGACACUUUUUCUUCAUCCUGCGCUCAGACGCAGGCCUGUACGUGCCAUUAGCCAAAAUCAGAACAGAAGGGCUAGCGAGGCUGGAGGACAAGUACUGUUACUAGUUCAGCAAUUACAGAAGGUGUUUGGUUUGUUUGGGAUUGAUUUGUGUUUGUAGCAUCUUUACCUUGAAUUGGAGCCCAUUUGAGAUCAACUGCACUUCUCCAUCCUCCACCUACCAGACAGUUUGCAGUGGACUUAGCGCUCACAUACUCUCAUGCUAAUGCUAGUCCUCAGAAUAGAAACGCACAGAAAAUGGUUUAUUUUACAUUAAAGACAACGGAACCUCUUCUCACUCCUGUUACUCCCUCACACUCUAUUCAUUAAUGGUAAAGGAGAGGGUGGAAAAGUAGCAAAACUGGCUUUUAUCUACAUUUUAAGUAUUAGCCAUGUGUAUGUGAACUCCAAUGCUAUACCCCACAGUGUGGGCAUGCUAACAUAGGGCUUAAAUGUUCUACAGCCAGCCCUGAGCUCGAGUAUGCAACUUUAGAGUACCAUGUGUUGUCUAACACACACGCACACCCUUUUUGUUCCUUUUAGAUUCCAGUUUUUGUCUUGGGUUUUUGUUGGGCUUGCCAUAAGGCCUUAUGUGGAGUGUGUGGAAGGACAGAGGGAGAGUGUGUAUGGUUCACGGAUCAGGGUGGGAUCGCCUGAGCUUGUGAUUGAAGAGUUGUGGGGAGGGGGUGGUGGGGUUCCUUUUUGCGUUACCUGUUAUUUCAAAUGUGAUUGUAAUGUUUUGUAUUGUUGUGUAGGAGAUGUGUUAUGUAUGCAUAUUUUCAAUAAAGCAUUCAGGGUUUUCAACAUUGA